UGUUUGCGAGAGUCUUCAUUUGACUUUUUGCGUUGAAGGUGUGAAUAAGGAAAGGCGCGAAAUGUGCAGAUUAAAAGUAUUUCUUUUAUUGUUUUUGUUUAGUUUUAUAACUAUAAACAAUGUUGAAAGCACAAAAUUAAAUUAUCCGCGUGUUCUAUUACCAAUAUUUGAUAAAAUAUCCAUAAAUUUUACAUUGGAAGUUAUUGAAAAAGGCUGUUUCAAAUGGACUUCAUCGAGGCAGGACUUGAUACUGAUAACACCACUUUAUGACGAUAGCGAGGAAUGUUCUCAUCGUGCAACUGUUACUGUGGUGUCACGGGAGCGUCGGCGAAAUACAGCGAUUGUUUUAGCCGAGUCAUUGUCCACUGAUGCCACAUUGCGUUGUGAUGUUAUUAUUGAUGUUAUUGAUAAGCUUGGUGUACACACAACGACACGUCAAUUAUACUUGGAGGAGGCGCCAGAAACUUUUGAAUUACGUGCCGAAGAUUCUCAAGGCAAUGCGUUCACAACUUUAGAGGGUGUAGAAUUUAAUUGGGAAAUCUCUUCAAUUACUAGCAAAAGUAAAGGUUGGCUGCCUGCGUUGCGUUUCUUAUCGUUUAGCGAAAGUGAAUAUCAUGAAGUGCCAUCAUCCUUAGAGAAGUUUGAAGUGCAGCGUAUGAAAGGCUAUAUGGUAUUACUGGAAGGAAUAAAUACUGGCACUGCUAAGGUGACAGUUAGUCUACCGCAUGAAGAAUACCGUCAUGUGAACAAAAUUGAAGUGUUUAUUAGUGUUUUGGCGAAUAUCAUAUUAGAACCAUCUGAAGUUCAUAUGUUAACUGGCGAUACAAUUAACUUCCGUAUUUUACAACUGAAAAUGGGAAAAUUACAAGAAAUUUCUUUGAAUAAUCAGUAUUAUUUGGAAAUUGACGAUAAUACGGUAGCUAGUAUAGAUGACGCCAAGGCAACGGGCCUUAAGCUCGGUCGUACCGUUGUAGUGUUACGUGAUCGCAAUGCUCCACUUGACAAUAACUUCUCUGGUGAUAACUCUAUAACAAAAUCAUCUGCACCAAGUGCAAGACUUACUGUGGCAAGACCUUUUAGAUUGGGUGUAACACUCUUACCUUUUAACAAUUGGAUAACCGUUGCAGGAGAAAUGCACAUAAUUGCUUUUGAUCUAUACACGAGUGAUGAUAAAAAGUUAACACUUGGUUCAAAGUAUAGUGUGGUAUCAGAGUUGAGCAGUCGAAAUUUUGAAAUUAAGCAAGAAAAUACUAAUGGUAGUCGUUUGUACGGUGAAGCAUUGCAUAAGGGCACUGUAACUGUUUCUGGACAAUUUAAGCAGUUAAGCGUUGUUGCUGAAAUGCAUAUUUAUGACAACUUAGUGCUGGUACCGAGCACUGUAAUUUUACCAUUCGAUCCACAGGUCAAUAAGAUUCAACAAAUUCAAUUUGAGGCAAACGGUGGUGAUGGCUUUUAUAUUUGGCAAUCUCAAAACUCCCGUGAUAUACAAAUUACACAGAAUGGUUUGGCCACAACAAUUAUACGUGACACAGAUAGAAAGCGACAUUUAGAUGCUUACUAUGCAGGCACUGUAUUACGAAGCCGCGGUAGCAUAAAAGUUGCAUUAACAAAGAAUCCUAAAAUAAUACGACAAGCGGAUAUAUUUUUCAUGCCACCGGUCAAAUUACAAAUUGUUAAAUAUAAUUUUGAAACUGCAUUAGAUGAUUUCGUACGUAUACAUUUAGCUCUUCAUACGUUCGUUAAUGGCACUUAUGUGCCCUUUACCACAUGUGAUAUGAUAGAUUUUGAUUUAGAGUUCAGUAAUAAAAUUUUCCAAGUAGAAGACGUUGAUUGGAAAAAAGAACAUAUGACACUUGUUUGUCAAGUUAUACAUUUGCGGGCAACAGCAACAGGUUUAACGCAUUUAAAGAUCUCAUAUCAGUUUCAGGAUAAAUUAUUGAAAGAAGAAGUUACGUUGAGUGUUUUCGACAAACUUGAUAUACUCAAUCCUACAUCAAAUGAAAUUGUCUUACCUAUUGGUGCGUCGCGUAACAUUAUUUAUAUGAAUGGUCAACAACGCAUUUUUACAUUAGAAGCUGAGUUAGUCAAGGAGACUGAAUAUGAUCAGAGUGUGGCGAAAAUCAAUGAACUCGAUGUUGAAUCUUCAAAUGCUAUAUAUGCUUAUAAUAUUUUAUGUACUAAAAUCGGUAGUACGACUCUUGAUUUCAAGAUUUUUAAUAAAUUAGUGCCAAAGAAUUUCAUACCUUACACAUCCAAAAUUUUGACUGAGAUACAUUGUGUUGCUCCACGUUUUCUUAAUUUAUAUGCCACUGAGAAACUGCGUCCAACGUGUCCUAUGCAAAUGAAGCUUUCGCUUCUACAUCUCAAAGAUCGCGAUGAAAAAUUCGAAAUAGAAAUUGAAGUACAAGAUGCGCAAAACCGUAGAUUAAUGAAUAUUUCAUCGCUGCUUAUUGAUUGGAAGUUCGCUGUUGGUGAUGAACGUUUCCACUCUGAUUCAACAUUGCAUUAUCGUCGAAAUGCUGUAAUAGAGUUUAUUAAAGGUGUACCUAUACCGAGUAAAGAUUUAUUUGUUACAACAUUUCCGGAACCAGUGCCAAAUUUCCGCAUACGUGGUGAUGUUACAAAUUAUAUACCAGGCAUACUGAAUCACUUUAAUAUACGUGCCGAAACGCCGGUCUUUGCAGCCACAAAUCAUAAAACUCAAAAACUUCAUACGCCAUCAAUAACAAAUGAAAUAAGCUUUAUGGCUGUGAAUAGUACACUGUUUUUAUCUGAUCAUGUUAGUAUAUUUAUGGCUAAACAGCAUCGUGAACAUAUACCAAUUGCACAGGGUAGCGGUUAUUACGAUUUUACUCUGAGUGAAACUGGCAUUGUAAAUAUUGAAUUUCUCGCUAAAGAAAGAGAACUCAUAUUAACGCCUCUUCGUAUGGGACAUACACGUCUUGAAUUGCUUGAUCGCUGCUUAAUGACUGAUCCAGCUCAGCUUUCGAUUUCCGUGGUAUCGAUUGGUGCCAUAGUUGUCGACGUACCAGAUCGCGUUGAGCGUACUAAAACUGUUGAGGCUAUAGUGCGUCUUUAUGACUCAAAUGAUAAUUUACUUACCAUAGAUUCUAAUAAUUUGGAAAUUUAUGACUUGCAUGAUGAAAUUUUUAAUUCCAAUAUAUUGAGUAUACAAUUGGGUGAUCAAAAGAAUUUGGGUGUAGGAGAAAUAAGAUACAUUGUAACUGGAAAUAGUUUGGGUGAAACUAAAAUCGUCUUUAAUAGCCAUAUAAAUGAAUACAAUGUCUCUAGUGAACCAGCAACUAUACAAGUUUUUCCACCAUUGCGUUUAUAUCCUCGUAAUUCAACGCUUGUGGUUGGUUCCAGCGUACAAAUAUACUAUCAAGGUGGCCCACAACCAGAUGUUAAUAUUGUCUAUUAUGUUCACAAUGAAAAACUUAUAACAAUGGAGUCUGCUUUGGUUACUGCGCAUAAAUUGGGUGCUACUCAAAUUACUGGAAAAUGCAUUAUGCCAAAUACUGGUAGCGAAGAAAUUGUGAUUUCAGUCGAUACAGUUGAUGUAAGUGUUGUGCCACUGGAAAAUGUGCAAAUCAAAACGCCUUUAACACGUAUACGUAGUGGCGCUGUUAUGCCAGCGACUGUUUGGGGCAUGCCCGACUUAUCACCAAUGGUUUUGGGUACUUUGGAAAAUAUGCGUGUUACUUGGUCUACAAAUCAGCCAGAUGUUGUUGAUAUAUAUAGUAUAUUUACUGAUGCUGGAAUUGAAUAUGACCACAGAAAUCUGAUUUCUGUUCGUAUAAAAGCUUUAAAUCCUGGAAAAACUAGAAUCAAUGUAAAAGUUGAUUUACCAAAUGGACAGAUAUUUAAACAUGAUAUUGAAGUUGUUGUUUUCAAGAACUUGGAGCUAGAACUGCCGAAACGUAUAACAAUGGAUUGGAUAUUAGUGGCACCUCGAAGUACCAUACAACUUAAAUCGAAUUUGGAUAAUGUUGUUUAUAAACCGGACAGUGCUAGUAAUGGCAUUGUUAAAGUAACAAAGGAUGGCAUUGUCAAUUCACAGGAUGUAUUAGGACGAGAUUUAAUAAUUGCAAAAACAUUUGAACAAAGCUUACCAAUUGGCAUUGAAGUGAAAAAUGUACAAUAUAUUUUGGCUUCUCUUACAUAUCCAACAAUAAAACUGAAACAUAUCGAAAAUACAAUUCCACGUGGCAUGAAUUUUGUCCUGAAAAUAUCCUUGCAUGAUAAUUUGGGAAAUGAGUUCUCGCAUAAUAUUGAGGAAAUAAAUGAUAUUAAAUACGAUUUAUCGCACAAGGAUAUUGUAGACGUACAAAUUGGCAAUAAUAUGACUGUAGCGAUAAAUCUGCCACGUGAAACAAACAACAUGAUCGCCAUAAGUUUAAAGGACACAACCGGAGUUAAAUAUGCUGAGGAUUACAUCAAGCUGUCAGUAGCAGAAUCGAAACAUAUUUACCCAACAAAGACGAUAUUUUCUGUCGGCGACAUUAUCUGCUUCGAUUCACCAUUGGCAUUGUCAUCCAUUUGGACCAGUUCCGAUGAACAAACUGUUUCGAUUGACAGAUUUACAG